CCUCUGUUCGGUGUUAUAUAAACGCAGCCGUCAAUGUGCCGAGUUGACAGCGAAAUACUCCCGGAGCGCGACGCGACGCGACGGACAAGCAAAAGCCACUUUUCACGUGUUUCCCACAACUGCCGCCGGUGACUUUUACUUGGUUUCUCCUCAUUCGCCGCACUCUUCUGUGGUUCAUCACCAGCCCGGUAUUCGGCAUCAUCUUCUGCUUUGCGACCAACCGAGCGGCGCGGUCUUCGAAGGAGCCCAGAACCCACCACCCCCUGCCUGCAGUCCAAUGGUCGACCACCCCGGCAGGUGUUAGGAUCCAUGGACGCCGCUGUGUUCUACGAGGGGGACUGUCCAUCCUUCGGCGACAGCAAGGCCGCCCACGGCCACAACCCCAAGGGGGGGUGCAGACAGUCCAUGACGGAGCUGGCCAUCGCGGACCAUGAGAAAGCCAUAGACUUCAGCGCCUACCUGGAGUCGAGCGCGCCGGAGCGCCGAGUUGCCCGCGCCGCGGAGCCGCUCCGCCGGGAGGACCUGUACUCCACUUUCCUGGGGGAAGAGGGCAAAGCCCGGCGCGCAGCCUCCUUGGAAAACUACCGAAGCUACUUCACUUUGACCAAUUUUGGGUCCUGUCAGUCCAGCAGCAGCCCCUUGGACGCGAACCUGAGGAGCUACUCGGAAUUGUCGGAGAGCCGGGUGGAGGCUGGGUCCGCCCACCCGCACCAGCAUCAUCCUGCUUAUUUCAAAGCCGAACUCAAGCAGGAGGUGAAGGAGGACCCGAGGAUGGAGAGCCGCGCCUCCGGCUACGAGGUGAGACCCUACAUGCACUACCAGUCCACCCCCAGCGUGGGCAACGUGUCCACCGCCUCCUCCUGCUCCAGCCCCCCCGGGACGCCCACCACGCCGGACGGGAGCCGCUCGUCGGGCCGCCAGGGCAGGAGCGCCGGUGGCGGCAAGGCGAAGAAGCGCCUGGACAGGGACAGCGAGGAGUACAAGCAGCGGCGGGAGCGCAACAACAUCGCGGUGCGCAAGAGCCGCGACAAGGCGAAGAUGCGCAACCUGGAGACGCAGAACAAAGUGCUCGAGCUGUCCGUGGAGAACGAGCGGCUGCAGAAGCGCGUGGAGCAGCUGUCGCGCGAGCUGGCCACGCUGCGGAACCUGCUGUCCGCGACGGGUCGGUGCUGACCCCCCCCCCCCACGGGGGACACGUUCCAAAAAAAACACGGCACGGGGAAAAAAAAAAAAAAAAAAAAAAGGACAAUGAACUUGUGCGCCGUCGUGCAGGUGUACUGACGCACCCUGGAUGGAAAUCACUGUUAUUCACAGUAUUAUUAAUAAUAAUGAUACGGAAUAAAUGGUUUAAUUUCUCGGCGAAACGCGAGAUCGCCGAGAGGUGGAAGAAACUUUAACACGCAUUAUUGGUGCCUGAACAUGUAUGUAAGAAGCCACUGUGAGACACCUUCUUGUUCUGUUCUCCUUUUUGUCCGUUUUUUUUUUUUUUUUUUUUUACGUUUCUGCUGUCAAAUUCGGUGUUAUUAUAUUUAUAAUGUAAUGCAACGGCUGUCAAAAACGAGAAGUGGAUUAGACAUGUAUGAUGCAACCCAAUGUAACAGUAUUGGUAGGCAGUGAAAUGAUCUGUGAUAGAUACAUAGCCUACAAACACGUGUUUUUUUUUUUUUUUUUUU